CGCGCGGUCUGUCUUACGAGCGCUCUGGAUUUUGCGAUAGUUAAAGGGAUAGUUGGUGGGGCUGGUGCUGUAGUACUCUGUUUAGUAAGGCGGUCUGCUUCCUCGUUGCCUGGGAUCCCUUGGUGCCCGGGUAUCUAGCGUAUUACUAUUUCUCCGGGGUGCGUGUGGGGGGCGCGUCUUCUUUAUUUCUAUAACGUUAUAAGUUGUCGGAUCCUAAGGAUGCUUCCUUGGCUGGUGUCUAUCGGUUUACUAUUUAGCGCUCUCUAUGCUGCUUCUUGAUUAUCGAGAAGCAUAAAGAUGUUAGUUGCUAAACGCGUGUUAGUAAAACGGGCCGUAGCCCGUAUCGCUGCUUCUAUUGCGAUAACUUCUGCGUCGUAUACCUCUGUAGCGGAGCCUAGGCUUUAGCACCCUUCGAAGAUCUUGUAGCCUCCCUGGUAACCUAUAUACCCUAGUCCUGUCCUGCCUGUGGUAUCUUUGGAUCCGUCGGUAUAGAGGAUAAUGUCGGCUGAGGGAAUUGUUUCUAUCCAGCGCCUUAUAUGGGCGGCUGUUGUAGGACUUUUUAUCUGCAGGUCUCGAAUAUUAUAUGCUGGUUUAAGUAGUAGGGGUCUCUCGUAUUUAGGAAGGAGCGCUAUAGCCCUAAGAAGUCUUGUUUGUCCUCUUUGCUUGAGGCGGGUAGUAAGAGGGUGUUUCUCGUCGAGGGUACGGAGCCUAGCCGCGUGCCUUAGCCGGAUUGUUUCGAGAAUUAUCUCUGCCGGGGGGAUGCCUGCUUCUCUGUUGAGUGCAGGUGUGGGUGUUGUGCGGAAAACAGGGAGCAUCGCCCUUAAAGCUGUGUUGGUAGUAAUGCUGAGGCGCCUAACGAGCGCUUUGCUUAAAGUUGAUACUUCUUGUUUAGUCCUUUGCGAGAACCUAGUAGGCCCUGGCUACUAAGCCUCUGUACUAAAAAAGGCGACCGAUAUAAUGCAGGCUCUUACUGCGUGGCGGAGGUAUAAUGCUAGUACUCUACGCUGCGUAUUUCUAAGAGACCGAAGGUGUUCUAAGACUUUUAUAGCCCUACUAGCCUAGUGUUCGACGUGCGUGCGAAAGGAAAGGCGCCUGUCUAGCCAGAUCCCUAGCCACCUAGUGGCUUCGUUAGGGCUGAUAUUAUAGUUUUUAUAUCGUAGGCGGGGAUUCGUGUUGCCCGGCCCGCUCUUUCUAGUAAAGUGUUGGAGCUCGCACUUAGUAGGGUCGAAAGUAACACUAUUAUCUUUACCCUAGUCUAGGGCAGCUUUAAGGUUUCCCUCGAGCUUACUAGUUGCCUACUCGAGUAUAGAGCCCGCUUACAAGAAAGCUAUAUCAUCCGCGUAGCUAUAGGCCUGCUUCGGGUUGUUUAAUUUAAGUAGUAGCUCUAUAUAGAGUAUAAA